UAAAAUUUAUGGCGCGUGCACUCAAAUUUAGUGUGAUUUUGUGCUGAUAAUUGAUCGUUAGUAACAAAUUGAUCGUUACAACUACAAGGUAAUACACAUAGCUUAAUGUCCGGAGAUGCACAGAAUGUCGCUAAUGGCCCGGAAGCGAGUGAAGACAUCACGCAUGCCAUAGAAGAUCUACGGAUAGACAUUGACAAGCAGAAAGCUCUCCUCCAACAGCUCCAUUCCAAUGUUGAGAAGAACUUUCAGUGCAGAGCUGCAGGAUCCAGAGACAGUGAUCCGUUGGUUGGGAUUUACCAGGAGCAGGAUGCCUGGUUACGAGGCAUGAUCGCUGCCGUUCAGCAGCGCGGGGACGAACUGCUGCCAACAAACCAUGGCGCUUGCCAAGAGAUUGUUUGUAGAAAUCUCGUGGAAACAUGUAAGCAACUGGAGGAAGUCCUUGCACACGUUAAAUCACAAAAACAAGACCUAGAGGAGGAAAAGAAAAGGGUUGAGCAGUGGCUGCUGGAAGAUAAGGAAGUCGGACGAGAACUAGAAAAACAGAUACGAUUAGCUUCAGAUAUGGAGAACACCAGCAAGAAAAAAAUAAAGGCUGAAUUGGGAGGCAAGUAUAAAAAAGCGCACGAGUAUCACAUCUUCCUGAUGCAGAAAAUGAUAGAGUUUGUGUCAGAGCACUUUGCACCACCAGGGGCUGAGAAGGGCAAGCAAAAGAGGCACGGUAUUGGAGCCCUGGACACAACUGGUUAUGCCCAUCUCUUGCCACUGUACAGUUUUCUUGAAGUUUUGAUGAACAGAUGUUUUGAGGUUCCUCACGAUCCGUACAUCCAGCUAUCCGAGGAGCACUGGAGUGAAUAUGUAGAGCUCCUACUGCGCUGUGGCAUUGUAGUGCGUCAUCCUAAUGACAGCAACCUUAUCAAGCUUGUCGCAUUUCAUCUAUAGAUGCUUCUAGGGAUAUUACAAUUUCAUGGUGCACAGGCAUACAGUCAUAUGUAUACUGUAUAUAGCAAAUGUAUAAUUCACUGUACAGUGUCCUCUCAUAUCAUAUAGAUGUUGCAUUUCUGCAGAGUGAUAUUGGAAGUUAUCACUGUCUUGUAUAUUUCUAUUGGGCAAUAAUAACCGAGCAUUAUAAUAGUGUAGGAAUGCAUGUAUUGCAUUGUAUCACGAUUGUCACUUUAUCAUUAAAUUUUAUAUUAAUAUAUGUGGACCUAUAAAUAUAUUACACUUGUAGGUGUUAGGUAAGAAUGUAAUUUUUGAACUUAUUUCUGCUUAUGAAGGGGGAUUUUUAGCUCGCCUUGACAUCGUCAAGAUGAGCUAUUGCCAUGGGGUGUCGUCCGUCCGUCGGUCAAACA